CUGGCAGGGUGGUGGCACACACGGCGAAGUUCGCGAUAGAGCGGCGGCGAUGAUGGUGAAUGUGACGGCUGUGCGCAUUCCUUCGUGGGACUCGCGGCUGGAAUUGCAACGCCAGCAGCGCUACACGGUCUUUAUGAUGUCAGUGGAAUCCGCCGACUCGACAUGGAACCUUGGCAAGCGAUACAGCGAGUUCCGCGCUCUGCACAAGCUUCUGUGUCCGCGCUACGCCACCGUGCGGAGCCAGCCGUUUCCACCCAAGCGUCUCUUCUCGUCAUUGUCGCUUCGUGUGAUUGAGCAACGCCGGGUUGGCUUUGAAACGUAUUGCGUCCUGACCACCGACCGUGCACCCCGUCUUACAACGUUGUAGGUACCUGCAAGCGCUGCUGGCGCUCCGUCCUCGUCCCCACGAGCUCGAAGCGUUCCUGUCUCCCGCCGCCAACAACUCGGAUGAAUCCAUGCAUGACGAUUUCGAAGACCGCGUCACCAUGACGUCGGCGAGUCCAACCGUUGACUUGUUUGCGUCGAUGCGCGAGCCAUUCGACUUGUCACACAAGUGGUCUGUGGACGACUUUGAGGUCCUCAAGGUGCUCGGCAAAGGUUCUUUUGGCAAGGUGUACCUCGUGCGUCGGGCCAAGUCCCCCACGGUGGCCAUGUACGCGAUGAAGGUUCUUAAAAAGAGGGAGCUCAUCCAGCGCCACCAAGUGGACCAUACCAUGACCGAGCGCCACGUCAUGAGCGUGUUGGACCAUCCGUUCAUCGUGACCCUUCGCGUGGCAUUCCAAACGAGGGAGCGGCUGUUUAUGGUGUCGGACUUCUGCAUUGGAGGCGAAAUCUUUUUCCAUCUGAAAAAGUUCCGCGCAUUCAGCGAGAACAUGGUGCGGUUCUACGCCGCCGAGCUCAUCGCAGCCCUGGGUCACUUGCACUCCAAGGGCAUCGUGUACCGAGAUCUCAAACCUGAAAACGUCCUCUUGGACGCGAACGGACACAUCCGCAUCACCGACUUUGGCUUGGCCAAGUGCCACGUCGGCGCACUUGACGGCGCGCGCACUUUUUGCGGCACCCCCGAGUACCUGGCGCCUGAGAUGCUUCUGGCGCGCAAGAAGAAGGCCGCGUACGGGUUCGCCGUGGAUUGGUGGAGUCUGGGGACGCUGCUGUACGAGAUGCUCACGGGGUGGCCGCCUUUCUUUGACAAGGACGUGCAGCGCAUGUGCGACAACAUCCUGCACCAGCCGCUGACGUUUCCGGCGCGGUUCGGGCUCGCGUCCUCCACCAAGUCGCUGAUCCGGGGGCUCUUGGAGCGGGACCCCGCCGCCCGCCUCUCGGAGGCGAGUCUGCGGUCGCAUCCGUUCUUUUCAGGGCUGGACUGGACCGCCUUGAUCGCCAAACAGAUCAAGCCGCCGUUCAAACCCCGCGUGAAUUCGCCCACGGACCUGCAAAACUUUGACAAGGAGUUCACGCGCACCAGCGUCGGCAUCCUCGCCGAUGACCAUACUGCCGCCGACGCCGGCGACGACGACGACUUUCGCGGGUUUUCGUUUACGAUUCCGAGUACGACUACUAAUGGAGUGGCCAACAACCACGUCAGGUGUGGACCGAGGCAGCAACGAGGCCAUUCCUUGUCGUAAUGUGAUAUUUAAUAUAAGUUGCGUGCGUGUGGGUAUGGA